AUGUUAAAGGAAAAGAAGAAAGGAUGGCGAGUGGAGAGAAGAGGAAGUGGGAAAGGCCUUAUGCACCAUCCAAAAAGCCAAACCAUUUUGGCAGCAACAAUCGCGGAGACUAUCCCAAACAAGAGGCUAGAUGGUGUCCCAAAUGCCACAGUAAACAUCACGGCCCGUGUAACACCAACUCUACUUCCACAAAAUGCUUUAAAUGUGGGACCCAUAUGUUUUGGAUGCGGAGAGCUGGGUCACUUCAAGAAUGACUACCAAAAUUUGAGAGCGGGUGGGAGUCAAGAAAGAAAAGAGAGCACCCCGAAAGCAACCGGUCGAGCCUUUCAGAUGUCGAGAGAAGAAGCUAAGGCAUUGACGGAUGUAGUGUCGGAUACGUUCUUUAUUAACUCCAUACCUGCACAUGUGCUUUUUGAUUCAGGUGCUUCAUGUUCCUUUGUGUCCACUACAUUCCAUCAACACUUGCAUACGCCCCAUAGUGCACUAGAAGAUGCAUUGAUCAUAGAGAUAGCAAAUGGUAGUCAAGCUCUGGUGCGUGAAAUUGUUAUGAGUUGUGCGUUGGGAAUUGAAGGAAAGGAAUUUCGGGUAGAUCUCAUACCCAUGGCUAUAGGCAGAUUCAAUGUCAUAAUUGGGAUGGAUUGGUUGGUAGAGAACCAAGCAGAAAUCUUAUGCUCUAAAAAGUUGAUCGGAAUCCCUUUGCCGGACUGGGACGCGGUGCUAGUUUACGGAGAAGGAAGGAAAGGAAAUAUAGUACUCUUAUCCACGACAAAGGCACAUAAGUGUCUAGCCAAGGGAUGA